GAGAGAGAGAGAGAGAGAGAAGCGACAGAAGCCGAAACCCUAUGAUAGAGAAAGUGAUCUUCGAUUUCCAAUCUUAGUCUGCUAUCCAGAUCACAUUGCAAAGAUCUUCAUUCAGGAUAAAGAGGUUGGUUGUGCUUGGGCUAUGGAGAAUUCCAAGGGGCCAUCAAGCAUCAGAAACAUGAUGUACAAUGGAAAACAUCCUCUACUUCCUCCUAAAAGUCCAUUCCCUUGUAUUUCCCCAUCUUAUGUUGAAUAUGUUCCAAUUCCUGCAACCGGACCAAAGGGUUUCCCAAAACCUAGAGAGGGAAAUUCGCACCACCAACGUACUUCCUCAGAGAGUUUUCUGAUAGAAGAGCAACCUUCUUGGCUGGAUGAACUCCUUAAUGAGCCCGAAACACCCGUACGCAAAGCUGGUCAUCGGCGUUCAUCCAGUGACUCCUUUGCAUAUACGGAUAUUGCUAAUGGGGCUUAUGUAGAUUAUGUAGCUCAGGAUGAAUGCAAAUUACAAAAUUUAACUUCUGUACCUUCAUGGGGAUCUCAAGACUUUGAUCAUCACAAAGAUGCGCGUCAUGCAGCUUAUGCAGAGCUGAACUCUUCGGGGAAGCCAAACAUUCGGGCAUGGGAAUCAUCUUUGCAUUCAGCUGGACAUCCUAGUGGCCUUCCCUCUGCAAGGGACAACGUCUUGCAUAGCUCAGGAUCAUCGGGUACUUUACAAGAAGCAGAUGGGGUUCUGUCCACGGCAAUGGAAAAACAGAAUCCAGUUCAAUCAGGCCCACAUGAUCUGAAAAUUUCUUCUGAAAGAAUGGACUCUUCUGGUGCCAAACCUUCUGCAUCUGAAACAGAUUCGAAACGUGCCAAGCAGCAAUUUGCUCAACGAUCGCGGGUGCGAAAGCUUCAGUACAUUGCUGAGUUGGAAAGGAACGUUCAAGCUUUACAGGCAAGUAUCUGA